CUUUUAGUACUGCAGAGCCCAGAUUGGACCCUUCAUCAGAAAUAAAAAUGUUUAUUGAUGAUCUCAACAAUUAUAAUAAACUCGUUAAACAAAUAGAGUUUACAAAGAAUAUCAGAGGAAUUUUAUUGGAUAAACUAGUAAUUUCUCACCAAGCUGCUAUAUUAAUGGGAUUGCAAUCAGAUGAAUAUACUUCAAUCGAAUUUUUGCAAAAAAGGUAUGACAAUCUAGAAACAAUGAAUAUUGAGGUAGAGGGUGAUGAUGUAAUUUUAGAACAAAAAGAACCUAUACAUUUAGAAAAUGCUGACUCUC